AGCAGUUCCCGAAACGAUUGCACUGAAGGCUAUCUGGGCUGGCUACGAUGCGGUUAUUGCUGUCAUAGCUGCCUUGCGUGUCUAUGCUAUCAACGGCAAGGAUUGGCGACUAUCUGCCGUUGUCUUCGUAUUGCUCCUUCUGCGCAGUGCUUACGAUGUGUUCGACGGUAUCGAUGCACUUGGGGUCGAUGUCCCUCCGCCAGUUGGGUGUGUAAUUGACAAUGCCCCUUCAGUGGACGUUCAAGUGUAUAUUGCGUCGAUUGCCACAUCAAUCGCUGCGGAUGCCAUCGUGUUCGUCGUUACCUGGCGCCGCACAUACGAUGUGGUACGACUUUCCCGCGAGGCGAACAUCAAAGUGUCUCUCAGCUCUCUGUUGUUGAGAGACGGAGCAAUAUACUUUGUCUCGCUUUGCAUCGUCAAUUGUAUCACCGUUGCCACCAGUUCGACG